UGGGCAUGCGUAACUCCAGGGGAAUCCAGUUCUGUUUUUCAGAAAUCCUCAAAUGAAGUUUUUUACCUUGCGCCAGCGCGCAAGUUGUGUGUAUGUGAGCACGGCACGCCGUACGUCUCGCCGCCUUUUUUUUUUGGAUGCGCUUUGUUCGCUGAGGACGUGUUUAAUAAGAUCGUACCUCGUCAAGUCCACUGGUUUUCGUGUCGAUUCUUAUUUCCACACAUUUAUAAAGCGGAUAUUUCUGUCUUGCACCAAUGUCGGUGGGGCUGGAGUCUGGAUUUUCUAGCGAAGAGGUGCUCAACAUUCGCUUUCCUCUUCAUCGCGCGUGCAGAGAUGGAGAUGUGGGCGCGCUGUGCUCACUCCUCCAGUGUAGCACAGAUCAGCUUUCCGUCGAAGACUCUUUCUACGGUUGGACCCCUUUACAUUGGGCUGCACACUUUGGAAAGCUGGACUGUGUUAUGCGUCUAAUGCAGGUGGGAUGUGGUGUGAACUCAAUGACUUCUCGCUUCGCCCAGACGCCCGCUCAUAUCGCUGCCUUCGGGGGUCAUCCUCAGUGCUUGCUUUGGCUACUGCAAGCUGGAGCUGAUAUCAACAGACAGGACUAUGUGGGAGAAACCCCCUUCCACAAAGCGGCUCGUGCUGGUAGCAUUGAAUGCAUUAACACCCUUCUGGUCCAGGGAGCCAAGGCAGACAUGAGGAACGCUAGUGGACUGACGGCAGCUGACCUAGCCCAUGCCCAAGGCUUUAAGGAGUGUGCCCAACUGCUUUUCAAUGCCCAGAACCAGCAACUCCAUCAGCUAAAUGGGCUCUCAACCAAUGGCUCUGUGGGCUAUGGGAACCACAAGCUAAUCCAAGAGCGGGGCAUCCUUAAUGCGGUACCCAGUCGAAAGAGGUCUCUUGUUUCCAUGGAGUCUAAUAAAAUAAAAAAAGCCAGAACAGCUGAUCUAGGUUUUCAGGCAAUGAAUGGAGUUAAUGGAUCCAGUGGAGAAGACCAGAUGGAGAACAUGCAUAUAGAGAUUGGUUCGGCGUUCAAUACCACAGCAGAACUCCCUUUAAAUGGACAUUUCCCUCAUGAGCAGCACAUGAUGCAUGAAAAUGUGAAUGGAAAGGCAACCAUCCCAUCAGAGGUUGGGAGUGGUGAUCAUAUUGGAAAGAGGGGCAGUUCCUCACAUCUGGAUUACUUUGACCAUGGGCUUCACUUUGGGCAUCAUAAUGGGUUUGGAGAUACAGCCGAGAACAUGGAGGAUGCCAGCAGUCGGAUAGAGCAUCUUAAGUCAGUCAGUGCCGAGAAGCAAUAUGACCACAUCACCUUUAACACCAUGCACCUCUUUCACGGGUGUUAAAAUGUCCCGUCCAGAGUCAUAUGCCUUUACAUCCAUACAGAAUGUGCUGCAUUGCUUUCUCCGUGUCCAUUGAAAGGGACACUGUAUUAUGGCAUUUUUGUUUUCAUUUCUAUUUUUUGAGAUAAAAUUUGUUUCAAAAACGUUUAUUUCAGAGGUAACAUUUGUGUUAAAAAAAAAGUUUAUUUCAAAGGUUAUUCUCUAAUUGGGGCCAAAUUGAGAUGAUGUUAAUAUUGUGUUUCUGUUGUAUAGAGAAUCCCAGAGGGUGUUCAUGUUUGAGUUAUUUCUAAGAACCGUCUAUGUAUUAUCGGUGCCUGAAUAUGUUGUUUGCCGUCAUCUCUUGUGUAGUAAUUAGAGCUGUGACAAUAAAAUGGUUGAUGAAUUAA